CUCUCUCUCAUUCAUGGAGUACUGAGGUAUAAAUGCUGCACACCCUCGCUCUCUCUCACACACACAGCUCUCUCUCUUUUCCAUCUAUUGAUGUACCACUCUCUUCUCCAGCAAAAAAAGAUGACCUCUCUCUUCAUUUAGACUUAGACCUGUAAAGAGGCCUCUGAGCAGAAGAAGACAGUAAAAAAAAGCAAAGCCCAAGCAGGAGAAAGGUCCCAUUUUUUUUUCCAAUUGUUUCAAUGGGAAAAGGCUUCAGUGGAGAGAAGAGGAGGUAAAAGAGGGAGGAAUCUCAAGUUGCCAUCUUUGCUUUUCUCUUUUUUCCACUGUGUGGUUUGGGUUGUGGUCUUGUGUUGGCUUCAGAGCUUUGAGUGUGGAGAAGGGAAGGCAGUAGAGGGAGGCUUUGGCUUUGAAUGGGUCGGACUGGGCUGCCCUGCUCUUCUCUGAAACCAAGGCACUUUUGCUGCUUCCCAGUUUGCCGAUAGCAGAAGGAUUCUCUGAUUGCCUUGUCUUUUCAACCCCUCCUUGCAACUGGGUUUCUUGUCCUUUGAAGCCUUCUCUGUCUGAUUCCUGGCCUUUCAUAUUGUUUGCCCCCCACCCUGUGCUAUUAAUUUUUUCCAUUCAUAAGCCAAUCCCUCCUUUGACCGGUGAUCUUCGAAGCUGUUGGUGUCUGGAAUCGAUGGCUUCGGAUAUGAGCUGGGGGCUAUGUGACUUUUGAGGAUUCUCUUCUGAGAUUGGUGGCUCGGUGAACUGGCUUUUGAAAGAGUUGUUCAUCUCCGAAGUCUGUGGCCCCCGGCCAUUUGACAAGUUACUUGCUCCCAUUGACUGCUUGUCUUUCUUUGUGGCUCCAUUUGGAUGGCCUUGUUCGAUGCCACUGAUGUCAAUCUUUGUCACUGAUAUGGCUGUCUGUUGUUGGAUUGCUGUCACUGACAGCAAAUGUGAAAAAAGAGAUCAAGUUUGAUUUUUUCCUUCUUCUACAUCAAAAGAAGAGAUCCAAUUCUGAUAGCUGCCUCUAAGAUUUUCUUGUCAAGGAAAGAGAGAGAUGGAAAUGGAUGCAAAUGAUAGGUUUGGGAUGGAGAAGAGGAGUGGGGAUCAUUUGAACCACCAGACUUCUGGUAUCUCUGUUAACUGGCAAUUCGGAACACCGUCGAUGGGUGCUGUUCCAGCCAACCCUCCCAUUGCCAUGUGUCGACAGGGAGCUUCGAAGACUUCCUCCUCCUCGUGCCCUUCAGUUACUGUGGUGGACUCCUUUCCUCCUGGCCUCUGGAGCCACCCUGCCAAUCCACAGAACUCGGGUUUUAGUGAUGUUCAGACCACCAUGAGUGCUUCCAGCAGCAUACCGAUUGGAAAACCAGUUGCAGUCUCUUCUAGAGAAAUGUUCCUGCCAGCCGUCCCGGGAAUUCUACUCCCAAGCCUCUCUCUUUUUCCUGCUGAUUCUGAUUUCAUCGAGAGGGCUGCGAGGUUUUCGUGCUUCAAUGGUGGUAAUUUUAGUGACAUAACGGACGCUUUCGGCCCAUCUGAAUCUUUAACUCCAGGCUCUAAUGCUCCAGGAGGUGUCGCGGGAGCUCAGGUCCAGAAGAGUGAAUUGCACUUAACUGAAGUUCCCAGGACAAUCGAUGGUGGAUCCAUUAGUGGAAGUCCAUCGAACAACCAGAGAGUCAAGGGGGGCUCCCUGGUUGGGGGCUUGGGCAACGAGUCCUGGGAGGCCAACUUUUCUGAAGAUGAUCGAGAAAAGUCUCCUGAAUUGGCCAACAAAGCUGGGAACUCUUCUUCCAGUGAUCUUGGUGCAAAGAAGAGAAAAAGAACCAAUCAGGAUAUGGAAUUGGACCAGCUACAAAGAGGCCCACAAUUAUCAAUAGAAAACACAAAGGAUAGCACUGAAACUAAGCAAAAAGUUGAGAAGACCAGCUCAAAGCCUACUGGGAAGCAGGUCAAAGAUCACACAGAAGGUUCCAAGGAAGAUUAUAUUCAUGUGAGAGCACGGCGUGGCCAGGCAACUAAUAGCCAUAGUCUUGCAGAAAGAGUAAGAAGGGAAAAAAUAAGUGAAAGGAUGAAGUAUCUUCAAGAGCUUGUGCCUGGUUGCAGUAAAGUCACAGGAAAAGCAGUCAUGCUGGAUGAGAUCAUAAACUAUGUUCAAUCAUUACAACGGCAGGUUGAGUUUCUGUCGAUGAAACUUGCGAAUGUGAAUCCACGACUGGACUUCAACAUGGAAGGGCUUCUUUCAAAAGAUUUUUUUCAGUCCUGCGGUAGUUCUUCGUCUAUGAUUGGUUUCUCGCCGGACACGAUUCCUCCUCAGUUGCAUCCAUCUCAACACAGUUUGGUUCAAUUUGGGAUAUCUGGCAUGGGAAACCCUUCAGAUGCAACUAGGAGAGCAAUGAAUGCUCAAUUGACUGCCAUGAAUGGAUUCAAAGAGCCUACGCCUCAGAUGCCAAAUGUAUGGGAUGACGAGCUUCACAAUGUCAUGCAAUUGAGUUAUACCACUAAUCCCCCUCUUCACUCAAAAGAGUCGAACAGUAAACCUCGUGAUGGCUUCCCCAUGUAAGGCUACAACAAUAUCCGAGUUCCUUAGCUAACAUGAAGUCUCCUUGUCUGGCUUCAUGUGUUUGCUGCCAACACGUCAUUCAGAAUUCGAGCUUUGGUUAUCACAUUUGAUGCUUUUCAAGCUUCAUUCUCUUGCGACAUGGUAAGAGGCCAAGGCGAAUGUAUAUGCUCAUCCGAUAGUUCUAGUGGAAGAUGGCUUAUUCCACUUAAAGCAUCUGAUUUCAGAGCACUGUCUGAAGUUUCAUCAUUGUACAGCAAAUGAAGGCCGCUCGCCCUGCAGUUGGUUAUAUUAUGUACUAGUUUCAUUUCUUUUAUCGAAAAUUUUAGAGUAUUAGAGGACGCUUGUAUGAUGAGACUGGUAUCAAAAGCUUAGCAUAAUGUAGCCAAAAAAAAAUCGCAAAUGAGUUUAGCGAAGUGCUCCUGUAUAUCAGGUUCUUUUUUACAUUUGAAUAAUUUUCUUUUUUUGUUAAUUUCCGGAUGUCGGUAAAUAAGUUUGUAAACUAUGAGUCCAAAUUUGGCUUUCCUUUGGCUGAAAUCUGUGCAACUUCUACAUAUAUUGUUCUGGUU